AUGGCUGACAAUCAAUCUAACUUCGUUUUAAACUUUUUAAUGGGUGGUGUUUCCGCCGCAGUCUGCAAGACUGUUGCUGCUCCAAUUGAAAGAGUUAAGCUUUUGAUCCAAAACCAAGAUGAAAUGAUCAAGCAAGGUACUUUGGACAAGCGUUUCAACGGUAUGGGUGACUGUUUCAAGAGAACUUUCACUAACGAAGGUGUCAUCUCUUUCUGGAGAGGUAACACUGCUAACGUUAUCCGUUACUUCCCAACUCAAGCUUUGAACUUUGCUAUCAAGGACAAGGUUAAGGCUAUCUUCUCUGUUAAGAAGGAAAACGGUUACGGUAAAUGGUUUGUCAGCAACUUAGCAUCUGGUGGUGUUGCUGGUGGUUUGUCUUUGUUGUUUGUUUACUCUUUGGAUUUCGCUAGAACUAGAUUGGCUGCUGACAGUAAGUCUGCUAAGAAGGGUGGUGAACGUCAAUUCAACGGUUUGAUUGAUGUUUACAAGAAGACCAUUGCUAGCGAUGGUAUUGCUGGUUUGUACAGAGGUUUCAUGCCAUCUGUUGCAGGUAUUAUUGUUUACAGAGGUUUGUACUUCGGUUUGUUUGACAGUUUGAAGCCAUUGGUCUUGACCGGUGACAUGGAGAACUCCUUCCUUGCUUCCUUCCUAUUGGGUUGGGCCGUUACCACCACUGCUGCUACUGCUUCUUACCCAUUGGACACUGUUAGAAGAAGAAUGAUGAUGACUUCCGGUCAAGCCGUUAAGUACAGCGGUGCCUUCGACGCUUUCGGUAAGAUCGUUGCUGCUGAGGGUGUUCCAUCCUUGUUCAAGGGUUGUGCUGCUAACAUCGUCAGAGGUGUUGCCGGUGCCGGUGUCUUGUCCUUGUACGACCAAUUGCAGCUAAUCAUGUUCGGUAAGAAGUUCUAA